AUGGCUGUUGAGUGUGAUCCACAUUCGAUAUUUUUUGGAAUGAUGGGCGUCGUUUGUGCCAUGGUUUUCUCAAAUUUGGGAGCUGCGUAUGGUACUGCCAGGAGUGGAGUCGGCAUUAGUAGUAUGGGCGUAAUGAGGCCCGAUUUAGUUAUGAAGUCUAUAGUUCCCGUUAUUAUGGCCGGUGUACUGGGUAUUUACGGUCUGAUUAUAUCAAUCGUUAUCACUACCAACUACGGAAAACCCGGUGAAUAUUCUCAUUUUUCCGGCUACUCUCAUUUGGCAGCCGGUUUAGUGGUCGGACUAUGUAGUCUGGCCGCUGGUCUUGCCAUUGGCAUUGUUGGUGACGCAGGCGUGCGUGCACAUGCGCAACAAACUCGUUUGUUUGUUGGAAUGAUUUUAACUCUCGUUUUCGCCGAGACUCUGGCCCUGUACGGGCUUAUUAUUGGUCUAGUGGUGGCCAUGAAGGCGCCCGCAGGUUUAUGCACAUCAUUUUUACAGUAA